CUGUUGGGCACUUCCUGAAUCAGGGUUGGUUAGCUCUGCUUGUGUUUGGUAGUAGCAUGUAGAUGAGAGCCGGAGACUCCGAGCAGAGCUGCUGGAAGUGACUUUCCCGAGGAGCAGACAAACAAAUCGAGUCCGUGUUAGUUUUCCUCGACAACAUGGAUUACUGGAGUGCCUUGGAGGUGUAUAAGGAGAUGGUGCUGCUGUACCUGGAGGAGGGCCGGCGGCAGGUGAACUCGCGCUGCGCGGAGCUGGAGCCGUGGCAGAUCAUCGGGGCCUCGGUCAUCACCACGCUGGGAGCGGUGUGGCUCAAGGGCUUCCUUUUCCAGCAAGAAAGUCUCACAUCCCGAAUCAAGAAGCAGUUCUUUCGAAUCAUCAGAAUUAUACCCUUUGUUGGCAACGCAAUCCAGAGCCAGCUCAACAAGGCUUUGGAUGACAUGUCCGCAAGUAUGUGCACUCUGAAGGAGGGGAUGAGCUACAUUAAAGAGCUGCCCUCUAAAGGUCUCUCUCAGAACCAAGUCAUGGACAAAAUCAGAGAGUAUGAGACGCUGAAUGAUGUGAAGUGGGAGAAAGGGUGCGUUUCGGGUGCAGUGUACUGGGGUGACGAGUCGCUGACCAACCUCCUGGUGAAGGUGUAUGGAGACUUCGCGUGGAGCAACCCUCUUCACCCGGACAUCUUUCCCGGCGUGAGGAAGAUGGAAGCGGAGGUCGUCAGGAUGGCUUGCUCACUUUUCCACGGUGGUCCUAACUCCUGUGGCACGGUGACUUCAGGAGGAACCGAGAGCAUCCUGAUGGCCUGCAAGGCUUACAGAGACAUGGCCUACGAACGAGGUGUCAAAUACCCUGAAAUCCUCGCACCCGUGAGCGUCCACGCGGCUUUUGACAAAGCGGCGCAUUACUUCGGGAUGAAGCUCAUUCACAUUCCCCUCGACAAGAAGACUAUGAAAGUGGACGUGAAGGCUAUGAGGAGAGCCAUCAGCAAGAACACGGCCAUGCUGGUCUGCUCUGCGCCUCAGUUUCCUCACGGAAUCGUCGACCCUGUUGAGGAAGUGGCCAAGCUGGCCGUGCGCUACAACAUCCCGCUGCAUGUGGACGCUUGUCUGGGGGGUUUUCUCAUUGUCUUCAUGGCCAAGGCCGGUUAUCCACUGGCCCCGUUUGACUUCAGGGUAAAAGGUGUAACCAGCAUCUCUGCAGACACCCACAAGUAUGGCUACGCCCCCAAAGGUUCCUCAGUGAUCCUCUACAGUGACAAAAAGUACCGUCACUACCAGUACUUCGUAGCUCCGGACUGGCAGGGGGGAAUCUACGCCUCGCCCUCUGUGGCGGGCUCCAGGCCGGGAGGGAUCAUCGCCGCCUGCUGGGCGACCAUGAUGCACAUGGGAGAGGACGGAUACGUCGACGCCACCAGGAAGAUCAUCAACACGGCGCGGAAGAUCAAAACAGAAAUCGGCAAGAUUAAAGGAGUGUUCGUGUUUGGGGAUCCGGAGGUGUCGGUGGUGGCCAUCGGCUCUGACGUUUUUGACAUUUUCCGUCUUUCUAAUGCACUGACGUCGAAGGGCUGGAACCUGAACACUCUGCAGUACCCAUCGAGCAUCCACAUUUGUUGCACGGUUUUGCACACCCGCCCAGGCGUCGCCGAUAAGUUCAUUCGCGACAUCAAAGACCAGGUCGCCAUCAUCAUGAAGAACCCCAAAGAGAAGACCACAGGAAUGGGAGCGAUCUACGGUAUGGCCCAGUCCAUCCCGGACAGGUCCAUGGUGACGGAGAUCUCCCGCGGUUUCCUGGACUGCCUCUACAACACCGAGCUCCCCAAGUCGGCCGUCAGCCACAUGAACGGCAACGGCAAAGCCCACUGAAACCAGCUCAGGGAGCUUCUCCUAGCCUGACCCCGAAGCACGCAGGGAAACACGCUCGCCUCCUCCAAGAGCUCUGAGAGCUACUCGCUCAAACGGUUGCCUUAUCUUGCAUACCUACCACCGUACAGAAAGCAUCUGCAAAGACUUUCGAAGCACAAGCCAUCGUCAGUGUAAUCAGCCCAGAGGGAAAUGACGCUGUGCCUGAAGAGCACAGAAGAAAAACGACUGGGUCCAAAACGAGUUUUAGUCUUUUUAAUUCGAUCUUAAUUGUGUAGUUGGAAAUGUUUGCGUGCGUUAUUUUGCUUUAGAAGUACAUUUCAGCUUUUGCUUAAGACAUAUGUUGAUUAAGAUUUCUACUGACUGCUUUAGGAAAACCUUUCAGUUAUUAUUUUUUAUCUUUUUUUUCAACACCAGAACAUUUCAGCCGUUUGCCACUCAGCAAAAAACACAAACCACUCAGAGCUUAUCAGAAUCGCUGUGCUGCCCUCUAGCGUAAAACCCUAUGUACUGCAGUAGACUGGGUACACGCGCCCGUCAAAGGCGUCGUCAUCAUCACUAGCACUUCUCUGGAAAACAGCAUCCUUUGUGUAAAAGCACUGCGAAAUGCCCUGACGAGAAUGUAUCAGGUGAAUAUGCAACCACUACCACUUGAAACUACAUUUCUUUUUUUUUUCUUUUUUUUUGGGAAAAGUUUGUCUGUCCAGAGCACUUUGACAUUCGUUUUGUUCUAAGUCUGUGGCCCAUCUCCAAAAAGUUGGGACUCGUAGACAGCGGGAGAAUGAUUUCUGGUAAUAAUUUUUUACAUAAGGGAGGACGAAGGCAUUUAUAUUUUGGGAGCGGCUAAUGGAAAUCCAAAGCUUAUCGCCUAAUUUGACUGUUUCAGUAGUUUUAGUUUUUACAAACCGCAGUCGUCUUUUAAAGCAAAGCAUCGUAACAGACUUGAAUGAAAGCUCUUUCCAGCUGUGGUCUACUAUUAUACCAUUAAUAUUUUUUUCCUCUUUCAGUCUGCAUAGCCGCCGUGUGUGUCAGCUUGGUCAUAGUUAUUUGUCUUCUAAUUCAAUCUACCUCAGUUUCUACUCAAUGCAAAUGUCAUUUAUUCAUCCAGUUCUAACAGGGCCGCUGUUUUCCAUUUCGAAAGGUAAUAAACUUUCAGCGUUGGGGCAUUAGGCAGACCGAUAAAAGUGUUCUUAAAUACGCAGACACUGAAAGGAAAGAGGUCCACUGUGAUCGAGGUGUUUGAUCCUUGGGAGAAACCCACUCUCUGACCCUGUGUGAAUGUGGUUUGUGUGUACAUCUUCACUAACGGAUGGAUAACGGUGCAUACUGUUAACACCAAAAUGACUCUUUUGUUGUAUGUGCUUUCCUAAUAUUGUUGAAAAUUCCUUGAAAUAAUUUCCACGUUUGUGCAAUAUGUAACUACUUUCCCUUGUAUGAAGUGAAACGCUCUACCGCUCUGCUAUCACUGUUUAGGAGAAAAGCCGUUAGGAGCAUAUAGUACUGAAUGACUCAUUAGUGUAAUUUAAGCUUUUGUGUGACCACUGGGUGUUCAUUAAUCACUUCAUUCGUGAGUCUUUUCCUUUUUUUUUUUGUUGUGAGCGUUUUGUCUUUUUACAUACUGAGGAGUUAUAAAGAGAUUAGACAUGAAUGUAUCUAGGUUCUUACUGUACAUGUGCAAGGAUUACUCAUAUUUUAAGUCAGUGCCUGGUGAAGAGACUGAUGAAACGCCCCCGACUAACAAAUUAAAGCUCGUAACAUCA